UAUGACGCCAUCUACAUGCGUCACAGGACCCGUUUUAACUCACAUGUACGCCCCCUGUGUGCAUGCCUGAUGUGAACCUGUUUCGACGACCAGCACACUUUUUCGUAUACAGUAUAUAUAUAUAUUUUUUAUCGUAUUUGGUCAAUAAACAACUUUGUUUUGUCCAGAAUGAGCUCUCAGAUCACUUGCGUCGGAUGGGUGGGGAGAGGCGUUUCCAAGGAAACCCCGGACAAAGUUGAGUUGAGCCAAGAGGAGCUACAGCGCAUCAUUACAGAAGCAAAAGAGGAGCUGGGGGACCUGGCAGCUGAGGAGGAGGAAGAUGAGGACGAAGGUAUUGCUGAACUGAACCCUAAUAGUGAUGGAGCGGAAGCAGCUGAAGCACCGGAGGAUGAGAACGAAGACGACAAGGAGGAAGAUGACGAGCUGGCAGAGUACGGCCUGGACAAAUACGACGAGGAGGAUUCAGUGACCGCAAAUCUGGGCGACAGUCUGGCUGGGCUCACGGUGUUCAGCUCUAAUGAGGAGGAUCCUUACAUCACCAUCAAAGACACAGACCAGUAUGAGCGAGAUGACUUCCAAAUCAAGCCCAGUGACAAUCUCAUCCUGGCGGGCCGGACAGAGAAGGACUGCUGCAACUUGGAGGUCUACGUGUAUAACUCGGAGGAAGAAUCCAUGUAUGUUCAUCAUGAUAUUCUGCUGCCAGCUUACCCACUGUGUGUUGAGUGGCUAAACUUUGACCCCAGUCCUGGAGAAGGUCUAGGUAACUACGCUGCUGUGGGCAACAUGACCCCUCAGAUAGACGUGUGGGACCUGGAUGUGGUGGACUGUUUGGAGCCAGUUUUCUCGCUGGGGAGCAAAAAGGCCUCCAAGAAGAAAAAGAAGAGCAAGAAGGGGGCAGCGGCAGCAGAGCCUGUCGAGGGGCACACAGAUGCAGUGUUGGAUUUGUCCUGGAACAAAGUGGUCAGAAAUGUGUUGGCCAGUGCUUCAGCAGAUGAAACGGUGAUCUUGUGGGAUCUAAGUCAAGGCAAACCAGCAACAACUCUGCGCAGGCACACUGAUAAGGUUCAGACGUUGGCAUUCCACCCAUUUGAGGCACAGACUCUGAUAUCAGGAUCAUACGACAAGACAACUGUCCUGUACGACUGCCGCAGUCCAGACACCAGUUACCGGACCUGGAGGUUUAGCGGUCAAGUGGAGCGUCUGGUCUGGGACCACUUUUCACCAUGCAACUUCCUGGCGAGCACAGAGGACGGAUUUGUCUACUGUCUGGACGCACGCUCGGAUAAACCUGUUUUCACACUGAGGGCCCAUGAUGAAGAAGUGUCAGGUUUGGACCUGAGCAGCCAGAUUAAAGGAUGCCUGGUCACCUCGUCAGCUGACAAACACGUUAAGAUUUGGGACAUUUUGGGCAACAAACCCAACCUGGUGCACUCACGGGACAUGAAAAUGGGUGUGCUGUUCUGUGCUACAUGUUGUCCCGAUCAUCCCUUCGUUUACGCCUUCGGGGGACAGAGGGAUGGCUUGAGGGUUUGGGAUAUAAGUGAUGUGGCGGCAGUGACUGAGGUGUUUGGCAGUCGUGAGCGCCUGGUCGUGAACGCGGCGUCACAGGCAGGAUCAAGCACCGCAGCCAACGCAGAGAUGGAAGUCUCCUAAUCAACGUCUGGAUGGAUCGACAACCUGUAAACAUGAGCAUGACUGGAAAAAACAAGCGACUCUGCUUGUUGCUGUGUUCCUUGUAGCGCAGCGCUCAGUUCAUGUGGAAAGAAGAUUGGAGCGAAUAAAGCUGCGUUCACAAAGGAUUUAAAAGGUUGGCCAGAAUGGAAACUGAGCCAAAAACACCUGGAAAAACGUGUUCAGCUUGUCUCCCUGCACAGAUAACAACAGUGGCUUUGCACACAGAAAGAUGUGUUAAAAUACAAGAACGUGUCUCUUAUAUUCAUAAUAGGGGGAAGCAGUGGUUCAGAUAUUUGAAUUACUCUUAUACAAUGUUUCAUUCUGUUUAAUUUUGCCUUUCUUUGUACAUUUGCAAAUGUUAUAUUCUACUAAGACUAUUGUCACCUAAAAAAAAUGUAUUGCUUACAUUGUGAUAUUGCAUACCUGGGUUGCCUGGUAUAUGAAAAAAGCCUGUGUAUUCAACAUCUGGCCAGAGUAUUUGAAAUGCUGUAUAUUCCAUUAAUAAAUACAGUUAAUAAAAUAUAUACAUUUUCUGUCAUUUGGCAUCUGCAGCCCUCACAAAGUAUCUGAUAAGUCUGUCCAAAUUAAUCAAACAUGAUAAACUGACAUGUAAAGACUGCUGCAGAAGCUGUGUGCAAAG